AUGGGUGCUGAUUAGAGCAAGCUUGAUUAUAAUUAUGGCUAAAUAAUUGAAAGAGACAAUCUCUGUCAAAAAAGACUACAAUAUGAUAUUAGUGCAAAGGAUGUUUUUUUGCAAUCUUUAACUUCAAUUCCCAUUUUAAAAUCCUUUGAGGAAGUUGAUAAAAUUACAUUCUGUGGAUCUCCAAAUGAAAUCAAAGCAUUUUUCUCUUACAAUCAAAUAACACUCCAUCAAUUUGUUUUGACUCAAGAAUUCACACUUAAAGAGACAUAAAUUGUUGGCACCAUCAAAUAAAUUCUUUCAAACAUGAAUCAAAAUAAAGUCUAAAUACAUCCUAAGGAAAUCUUGUUACCUGAAUAUAUUAUGUUAGACCCAGAAUUGUUUUUAUAAAAGAGUGACAUACAAAGAAUUAGAUAAGGAAAUAUCAAACAUCAGGAUUAUUAUUUGGCUCCAGAAGUAUUAUCUGGAAAAUGCAAAUCAAAUAUUGCCGCAUAAAUAUUUAGUUUAGGAUUGGUAUGCUUAUUUAUAAUGACUAAAUUGACACCUUUCGAUUUUAAUAUCUAUGAUACAACAUCCUUUCAAUCGUCAAAUCUCCAGAAGUACAUCAAUAAAAUAAAUACAGGCAUCUACUCAUGUAAAUUUAAUAUGAUAUUUAGAAUUGCUCAAAAAUGUAGUGAUUGA